CUGAGGAUACGUCCGAUGGCUCAGGAUGAGAUUCGACAAGGAGCUAAUCCAGCAGCUUACAAAGUUGAGAACAAUAAAGAUGUGUAUGAAGAAACAACGAAAUUUCUGAUACCAAAUGUGACCAGUGGCUACAAUGCCACUGUCUUUGCUUAUGGUCCUACAGGUGCUGGUAAAACCUAUACAAUGUUGGGUAAAGAUGGUGAGCCAGGAAUUAUGGUGCAAGCAUUGAAUGAUUUGUUUUUGGAAAUGAGACAGAGUACAGAUAAAACAUACAAAGUCACAAUGUCUUAUUUAGAGAUAUACAACGAAAUGAUACGAGAUCUUUUGAAUCCAGAUUCUGGUUUUCUUGAGUUAAGAGAAGACACCAAAGGCAGUGUUCAAGUGGCAGGAAUCUCAGAAGUAACAGCCAGGUCAACAGAAGAGGUGAUGAACAUGUUGGUAAAAGGCAAUCUGGAAAGAACGCAGGAGCCAACCGCAGCCAAUGCCACUUCUUCAAGGUCACAUGCUAUCCUCCAGGUGACAGUGAGGCAAAGGAACAAGACUCGCAAUAUCAUGCAGGAAGUCCGGACAGGCCGACUGUACCUUGUAGACUUGGCAGGCUCAGAAAGGGCAGCUAAUACUCACAACAGGGGGAAGAGGAUGGUGGAAGGGGCUCAUAUUAAUCGUUCUUUACUUGCUCUCGGCAAUUGUAUAAAUGCUUUAAGUGAUAAAAAUGGUCCAAAGUACAUCAACUACAGAGAUAGCAAGCUGACAAGAUUACUGGGAGGCAACUGUAGGACAGUUAUGAUUGCUCACAUCAGCCCAGCUAGUACCCAGUUUGAAGAGUCGAGGAAUACAUUGGUUUAUGCAGACAGAGCUAAGCACAUCAAGACUAAGGUAAACACAUGAGACAGGGGUGUACAUACGGUUUACAUUGUGAAUAGAGAUUCUAAAUACGUAUAGCAGACCUCAGAAUUUAUUGAUGGGGAAAAACCAUGGUGGACUAUAGUAGUAAAUAGUAAAUAAAAUAUUUCUGACAUAAAAACAACUUACAAAGCUAAGUUUACUGUAAUACUGUAAUAUAUUAAAAAAUUAAUUAAGCAAAAUUUUUUUUUGAGCAUUUGGAUCAGUUUGAUCUCUAUCUUGAAUAUUACCCUAAAUUUGAGGAAAACAUGGCAAAGCAAUAAAAUAAAGUAACUUUUCCCUUUCAGACCUUGUGAUCUAGGGGGCAGAGGUUGUAAAGGUCAUCUGUUUCUAAGGCAAAAGGUUAACAAGCAGGGUGUCAUGUGGCCAGCACAAUGACCAACCCCCUUUACUUUCCCUCAUUAAAGUCAAGUACCCAUUCUAGUUGGGUGGACUCAGGGACUCAGGGGUGCCCUAAAAAUCCCGAAAUUAAAAAUUCCAGUCUUCACCGAGGUUCAACCCAGUCAGCCACUGCAUCCCCAUUUUGAUUUUUGAGUUCUAAUCCCAAUGGAAGAUGAAAUAUUGUUAAAUGUUUUACAUGUUUCGGAUGUUCCUUCAGAGUUCCUAGUCCAAACCUCCCGCAGGACGACGGGGGAUGGGAGCGGGCAGGAUUUGAACCAUCGAUAAAUCCGAACGACAGUCCAGCGCGCAAACCACACGACCAGGCAGCCAUCCUGGCUCAGGACAAGGUUUAAAAUGUAAAGUUUAAUAGAAUAAAGUUUUGAUUUCUGCUUAAUAUGGCAGCCAGGUUUAACAAAUUUUGACAGCUACACCGUAGGGAGGGUUACAUGGAUAUGGAAAGUGUUCACGUGAAGACAAAGUUUGAGAAAUGGUGAGUCUAUAUUUAUAUGUUGGGAACCACUGGUUUUAGCAGUUGUUAAGAUUGAAUUGUGAGUGUGUGUUAAUAGUAUUUUUGGCUGUAUCUGUGCUUAUGGCAUUUGAAUGAUUGUGUCAUACCAAGGAUUGCAAUGGUGUUUUAGUUCAGCUAAUCGUUUGAUUGUUGAUCUAUUCAUUUAUUUACUUGUUCUUAUUUAGACUGGAAUUUCUGAAAGGUUAUCCCAUAAGUAAUUUUUUUUCUUCCUUACUUUUGCUUUCUUCCUUGUGUUUUUUUUUCUCUUCAAGUUUAGUAUAAUUUUGAAUGAAAUCAGAAGUCAGUGUUAGGUUAAACCCAGAAUUUCAUAUUGGGUUAUUUUGUGAAACUUUUUUUAUGUUAAACUAUCUUUUAUUAAAUACGUGUAAUAUAUUUUAGAGUAUACAAUUUACAGCUCAAAUUUGUUAACUAUUUCUUUGAUGUACUAUUGUAGUCUAUAUAUAAUUAUACUUUUAUAUUUGCUUUAACUUUAGGGAGGCUACUUCAAAUUUAUCAAUUUAAAAAAUAAAAUUCUUGAAAUAAAAAAAUAAAAAAAAUAAA